AUGCAUUGUGGGAAGGUCACUCCUCCGGAGGGUAGUGGAAAGCGGAGGAAGCUGUCCGGUCCCAUCCCUGUGCCAUCUCUGGGGGCCACGCUCUCAUGGGGAACCCAUUCUGAAUUCCCUGUAGUGCACAAUAUAAGGGCAGCUCUCUUCUCGCUCCAGGCCUGCAGCUAUGGCCGCCAGAGUGGGUCCACUGUGGACUUUUAUGAGCAUGUGGAGACAACCACAAAUAAGGAGGUGGUGGAGGGAGGGAAAGCAGCAUCUUUAUCAAGUCUGCAUGACAUCGGCACGGAGCCGGUCCUCUGCCUGGAGCCGGUCCUCUGCCUGGAGCCGGUCCUCUGCCUGGAGCCGGUCCUCUGCACGGAGCCGGUCCUCUGCCUGGAGCCGGUCCUCUGCACGGAGCCGGUCCUCUGCACGGAGCCGGUCCUCUGCCUGGAGCCGGUCCUCUGCACGGAGCCGGUCCUCUGCCUGGUGGUCCUCUGCACGGAGCCGGUCCUCUGCACGGAGCCGGUCCUCUGCCUGGUGGUCCUCUGCACGGAGCCGGUCCUCUACACGGAGCCGGUCCUCUACACGGAGCCGGUCGUCUGCCUGGAGCCGGUCCUCUGCACGGAGUCUGCAAGCAUCUUGGAGCAUGGCUUCAAGGCCCACAUGGAGGCACAAACAGAGACCCUCUUUCUCUUGCGUCCCAAUGACGAUCUCACAUGCGUUGCCAUCAAAAUGCUGGGGACGUUUACCUCGGGCACCGUCUGA